AUGGCCAUGGGCCAUUUAGCAAAAGAUCAUCGGUUCUAUCAGCAAGCAAGUGCUCAGUACAGCUGCGCCUUAAAUCCAUUGCGCAAAGAGAUUCGAAACCCUGUCCAUUUAACCCAGGAUUAUACCCCUGUGGGUAUCUGGCUACUGGGUUUGUCCGGAGCACUUUGCGACGACAAUGACAGGCCGUGGGCACCUCACGCUCAAGCUCUUGCACGUCUUUUGAAGAUUCGUGGCCGACAGCAAUUGACCACAAUGCAAGGAAGAGCGAUCUUUCGCAUGAUAUUCGGACAUUUGGUAUUGAUGAACCUAAAUUCUGGCACUCGACCGAUCAUGGAUCCUACACAAUGGAUCAGUGAACUCGAAGACUUUCUACCGAACCAGCCUCUGGACCGAGGUUGCGAAGCAGUUCUCCGCAUUAGUCAAUUCUGCGCCUCUAUACGGGACAUUCCUCUAGUGCCAGGGACGCAGGAUGAAGACCUGCUUAAUCUUAUCCUCCAGAUUAGAAUUUAA